CUGGACGUCUGAAACUUUCCCUUCACACAGGGGCACCCUCAGUCUGAAUUCGAUAGCUGACCUGUCGGGAAGAAAAAGGUUUGGAACGUGUAUUGCUCGAGCCUCUUGGACUGAGCUAGGCCCUGCAGUACAAUGUUGAAUAGAAGUGCCGAUGAUGGUCAUCUCUGUCUUGUUCUAAACCUCAGAGGAGCUGGAAAGUAUUUAGCUAUCAACAAAUGAAUUCCACACUUGAACCCUGCCUCAUUCCUGUGCCACCUCCUCCUCUAGAAAAUUGACCUUUAAAACAGAGGCAAAUAAGGAUUAGACCAUAAAAGAAGAUGCUGGGUUCUGACCGUGGUGUUGUGGAAGAAUGGCUAUCAGAAUUCAAGGCAUUACCUGACACUCAGAUCACAAGUUAUGCAGCAACCUUACAUCGGAAAAAAACACUUGUACCAGCCCUCUAUAAAGUUAUUCAGGAUUCAAAUAAUGAGCUCCUGGAGCCUGUCUGCCACCAACUCUUUGAGCUGUAUCGCAGCUCUGAAGUUCGACUUAAGAGAUUCACAUUGCAGUUUCUGCCAGAGUUGAUGUGGGUUUAUUUACGGCUUACAGUUAGCCGAGACCGACAGAGUAAUGGUUGCAUUGAAGCACUUCUUUUAGGAAUUUACAAUUUGGAAAUUGCCGAUAAAGAUGGAAACAAUAAAGUUUUAUCUUUCACUAUCCCUUCCUUAUCCAAGCCUUCAAUAUACCAUGAACCCUCAACAAUCGGGUCCAUGGCUUUGACAGAAGGGGCACUGUGUCAACACGAUCUCAUCAGAGUUGUUUAUAGUGAUCUUCAUCCACAGAGAGAAACAUUCACUGCACAAAACCGGUUUGAAGUCCUGAGUUUUCUCAUGUUGUGUUAUAAUUCUGCUAUUGUGUAUAUGCCAGCCUCAUCUUACCAAUCUCUGUGUCAGAUGGGUUCCAGGGUAUGUGUGAGUGGGUUUCCACGGCAACAUGAAAAACACUGGAAAGAACUCUGUGGCCGAAUAGUAUUGGAUCCUGAGUUUAUGGUGCAACUUCUCACAGGCAUUUAUUAUGCCAUGUAUAAUGGACAGUGGGACCUUGGUCAGGAAGCUCUUGAUGACAUCAUUUAUAGAGCUCAGCUAGAACUCUUUUCUCAGCCAUUAUUGGUUGCCAAUGCAAUGAAAAACUCAUUACCAUUUGAUGCUCCUGACUCCUCACAAGAAGGCCAGAAAGUACUUAAAGUAGAAGUCACUCCAACAGUGCCGAGGAUUUCUCGGACUGCAAUUACAACAGCUUCAAUACGCCGUCAUAGAUGGAGGAGAGAAGAUGGCUUUGACUUCUCAAACGAGGCUGACUCGAGUAUUCCUGGCUCCCCGAUCCAACACGGCUCCACUGACCUAGGGAUCAAACGUGUGCAAGAGGGGGAGGUGCUGGUGCGCAGGACCUCUGAGCCUGGCUCGCCGGAGCCCAACUCAGCAGCAGCCACAACAGAGGGUGCUGAGGGUAUAAAUGGAGAUGAACCCGUAAACAUGAAUGAUGCAGAUGAAGGUUUUUCAUCAGGGGCUUCCCUCAGCAGCCAACCAAUUGGAACUAAACCAUCCUCCUCGUCUCAGAGGGGAAGCCUGAGGAAAGUAGCAGCGGGGCGUUCCACCAAGGACAAAGAAACAGCCUCUACCAUCAAGUCCAGUGAGAGCCCUCGAGAUGCAGUAAUUCGCAAGCAGUAUGUACAGCAACCAGCUGAUCUUAGUGUAGAUUCAAUAGAGUUGACACCGAUGAAAAAACACCUGAGUCUUCCUGCUGGCCAGGUGGUGCCAAAAACCAAUAGUUUAAGUCUAAUCCGGACAGCCAGUGCUUCCUCAAGUAAAUCAUUUGACUAUGUAAAUGGUGGUCAAGCAGGUACCAGCAUUGGGGUUGGCACUGAGGCAGUUACUAAUUUAGGAGCCAACAAUGCUAAUCGAUAUUCAACUAUCAGUCUACAGGAAGACCGGCUGGGUCAGGCUGGUGAAAGCAAAGAGCUCCUUAGUCCAGGAGCCCCCUUAACCAAGCAAUCUCGAUCCCCAAGUUUCAAUAUGCAGCUAAUAUCCCAGGUGUAGUUUUGAAAGCCUCUCUCCUCUCUCUGCUUAUCUUUUAAAGUGAACAUUUCAUUGUUCAAGAACAGACUUCAUCCCCUUUGUGAAAAUAUUGAGUCAUCACAAUCAGAUUUGGUCUAGGUAUCUUCAUAUACUGUAUUUUGUAUGGAAACAGCAAUAAGGUUUUCUUUCCCCCUUGUCCCAUAUCUUCUAUUCCUUGUAAAUGUGGUUGUGAAACAGUGUAAAAUCUUUGCCUUUUCCAUGCCUUCCUUUUUCCUUGGGUGAUGUGCAAUCCAUCGUAGGCUGAUCGGUCCCAUUUCAACACUGUGAGACUGUGGACAUGUCAGAGGAAAUGGUGUAUAUGAUCCCUAUGAAAUGAUUCUUUGACUUUUGUUUAAAAACAAAACGGGUUUGCUCUCGUAAUCUAUAGAACUAUGAAGAUUACUGGAUCAUAUUUUUUUCUCUCGUAACCAGGAGUGCCUCAGAGAUUCUGCUAUGACUUUGGACUUCUCUGAGUCUGUGCAAUCAUUUUCUUGAGAAGCAUGGGGGAAAGAUGGUAGACUACUGCACUUUUAAUUAAAAUGAGGUUGGCCACUCCAUCAUCUCCCUUAUCCCGAGGACAUAAAUGUUCAUUUACUGAGGCAUGUAAAUCAAAUUGUACCCACCUCCUUUGGAGGGAGAUGCUCUAAGUUGGUUGUGUAAUUGAUAAUGCACUUUCUCAAUGGCUCUGUAGUCAUUUUAAGAUGUCUUCCCUCUUCCCCACAAGGGCACAGGUCAUUUCUGUCCUUAAAGUUUGAACAGUUAGCAAAUCAGAGAAUCCAAGGAGCAUGUUUAGUUUUCCAGGAAUGAUUGACACACUUGGUGCUGGGGUUUUGUGGGGGGAGGGGUGGUUUUUGUUUAGCUUGUGUGUGAGGGAAAGUUUUGACUGGGUUUUUUCUUUGCCUUUGUGAGCUGAUGACUGAAGUAGAGCAGUACAUCUUCAGGUAAAGGGAGGGAUUUCUUAGUCCACUUUCUGUGAUCUCAGACAGUUGGAGAAACCCUUUCAGCUGCUUCCUAGAUGUACUUAAAAUUCAGUCAGAUAUUUUGAUUAGGAAACCUAAAGUCCUACGAGAUCAUAUACUCCAAGGAAAUACAUCAGGGACAGAUAAUUGGCUGAAAACACUGAUGCUUCAAUGUGACACAUUUUUAUAGAACAUUUUUACCAGGGGGUACUGAUUGAUUUCUCCUACAAGGACCACACUGCCUUUGUGUUUAAUGUAAUGCAAUUUGUGAAUCUUCUGAUCAUAUAUCUGCAAAGUUUCUCAUUUUUAUAAGACUUUGAAAUCAUGCCAGUAAGCUAGAUGUUGAAUGUAUGUAAGUAGCGUUUGGUAACUGCUAAGAGGCUGCAAAAAUACAUUAUUGGUAAAAAAAAAAAAAGUUUUUAUUUGGUUGUAUGCAUUUUAUUAUAACCUCUUCUGAGUCUCAGGCUCUAAGAAUUGAAAAAGAAGGGAAUAUGUUGUGUUUUUGAAAAUCAGUAUUGUGACUUAAACUGCUGUAAGUUAUCCUUCCAUGAAAUACAUUAGAGCUAUUAAUGCUCUUUAUAUUUAGGUGUUUUUAUUUCACUAUUGUGAACGAAAAAUACAAAGUUUAUAGAAAGCAAGUAUUCUCCUAAUUAACAACCUUUAAAAUUUUACCUCUACCAGUUAAAACUGUAGUAUCUUUUGAUAAAUAAAUUAUCCAGGAAAAUGACUUUUUUAAACUGACUUUUUUUAGUGACUUCUCCUCACCCUUUAUUGUUAAGAGCAAUUUUUUUUUUAAAUAAGUGACUUUCUGUUAGUGUCUUUAUAAGAACAACAAAGUGUUUGAAUUUGGCAGUGUGUAAUGGUUUUCAGCUUAUAUGAAAAUGGAAAACUAGAACUAGUGUGAACAACAUUGCCAAAGUCCAAGGUAAAACUAAAAAUUGGUGAAUAGACAAAUUUAUUGGUGUGCGUGUGUAUGUCUCACAAAGUUGUAUUUUAUAUAUCCCUUAAUUUAAGGGCAGAUAAAAAUUAGAAGAUAGCCAAAAUUAAAGGAGAUCUGAAAAUUUGUAACAUACCAGGUAUAGAAAAGAAGUUUCAGGUAUAUAAUAAAAGCAGUACUGUACUAGGGAAUAAGAUUUAAUUUUUAAACUUAUUUAUUCAAAUGACAGAGAAUUGGAGAGGGAGAAGGAGAGACAGAGACAUCUUCCAUCCACUGUUUCACUCCCUAAAAUGGCCACAAAGGCCAGGGCUGGAGCAGACUGAAGCCAAAGCAGCUUCCUAUGGGUCUCCCACAUGAAUGUGGAGGUCCAAGCCCUUGGCGCCAUUCUCCGCUGUUUUCCCAGCGCAUUAGCAGGGAGUUGGGUUGGAAGUGAAGCAGCUAGGACUUGAACCAGCACCCAUAUGAGAUGCCAGGCCUCACAGGCAGUGGCUUUACCCCUGACACUGUGUCAGCCUGGCUAUGGCUGGAGCUCAAGUCACUCUGUAAAAUACCUACUUUGUGUAAAAGGUUAAGAGAUUUAAAAUUCAGCAAAUUAUACAUGAUUGGCAUAAGAUAGCACGAUUUUAAUUGGAGCACCAAAAAAAAAAAAUAACCAAUAAUGUACCAGCUUUAGAGUAUAAAUUAUAGUAAAUAUAAAAUUUUCCUCUGGUUGGAAAUGCUGUUAGUACCCAAAAAGUUGGUGACUGAAAAUUUUCAUCUUGUAAGAUUGAAUUUAUUUAUAUGUGUAAUGUGUGUAUACAACAAUAUUUUAUACCCAUUAAUGUUUCAUGAUCAUGCUACUUUUGCUUCAGAUUCUUUUAGUUGAACCUAAUGAGGAAGCAUUUCAUUUAAAUUUGGUGUUCAGUGUCUUAAAACAGAUUUCAUGUGUGAGAUAUUGUUAAGGUGGAAUUGAGCUUAAUAAGCUAUCAGUCAAAUUUUCUAAGUUUUUUUGGAAUAUGUUUGUAUUACUCUCUGGCAUUUAAUUUAAAUUUAAAUAAUUUAGCUUUAUUUCAGAUACACAGCAGCUAUUAUGUGCUAGAUGUUCAUACAUUAGUCCUCUGACAACUUCCUAACUUUCAUUUUAAAAAAUACACUCAGCUAUGGAAAAGACCCGUAAGGAGAAAAUACUUGUUUUCUAUAAAAACAUAAUUUGACUGAUGUCUCCUAUGCUAGGAUAGAUUAAGAGAUACAAGGAAAUACAUGAAGGUCUUGCAGUUCUCUUCUAUGACAUUAAUUAAAAUUCUUAAUGUUACCAGAAAACAAAAUGUAAAAUAACAAGUUAAACUGGAGGUUUUUAAAAUAUGAAACUAUUUGAAAAAGCUGGAGUGGGCUGGAGGUGAUGACUACCAUUUUAAGUCCUGAUCCCUACCAUCGUUCUUACCUUCCCAGUUCACUUUUCUGUACCUGUUUACUAUGGAAUCAGAAUUUCUGUGCUGGACACUUCUCUACCACCACCCACCAUCCAUCAUCACCAGACACAUUUAAACAACUGUUCACUCUCAGGCAAUAGCCUCAAAGAGAUUGUGAUGGAUUAAGGUUUCAUGAUUAAGAAGCAGAGCCAGAAUCAAACCUCAUUCUCCCCUCUCAAAUGUUAUGAAGACCUCACUGCUUCUCUUUUGUACAUACUAAGAUACAUGUGGUGUGUAUCACUCUCUCAAUUUUUCUGGUCUAGUAGUUGGUGAAUAUAGCACAUUACAAAACACUAAAUCUAGAAAAAUGUAGAGAGUUAAGUAUAGAAGAAAAAGUGUUGGAAAUGUAGGUAUCUAAACAGAUAUAAGGAUGAAUAGAUAACAUUGUUCAUUAAUUUAUGCCUUACUGUUUUCUGCCAUGUAACAAUUGUAUGCUGCCAUUUUGCGGUUUAUUUUAUUUGUGGGAAUUUAUUUAAAUGUAAAAUAAACCAAAUAAAAAGGCUUGGAUCAGUGUUCCUAGCUACUCUCAAGUAAUUUGAAUCAGCCAGCUUUUAGUCACCAACGUGGCAAGUUAAUUGUAUUGCACAGUGGAGUACUGCAGAAUAAAGAUUAAAUAAAUUCAUUUUCAUUCAUUUCUAAUGUAAAACAGAUUGAACCUUAUGCUGAGAACAGAUAGAAGCAAUAUUUCGGUAUGUGAUUAAAUAAGGCUUAUAGUGUGAAGGUUUUGGUUCCAUAAUGGAUCAAUGACCAUGUUGUCAUUUAAAGUGUAUAUACCAUAUAAAAUGUCUUAAAUUUGAUCAUCUCGGCUAUAUAAACUUAAUAUUUCCAACCUGUAUUCUCAAAUUCCAUUUAGUAGCUUUAAACUAAUUAUUAUUUAUUAGACACUGGAAUACUGAGAAUAACAUCUUUUGUAAUGUUUUGUUUGCAACUACUUUUGUGCAUAUUUUAAUGAAGUGAGGCUUUUUUCCUGCCUCACUUUAUGAGGUUUGUAUGAGUCUGUUUUUGAGUAAUUUAAUUGUUGACAGUCGUCUCAUUUGAUUCCCUGCAUGUCCAUUUGUAAAUAAAAAAUAGUAUGUCUUUAUGGGUAGUACACCAUAUAAACACUGGCAAGGAGGAUCUCUCCUUUUGUGAUGUUGAAUUUUCAUUUAAAAAUUUAAAAAAUCAGCCUUCAGUUCCAUUGUUUUUUAGUUUAAAAAAGCUUUCAUAAGUCAUGCCUGUGAACAGAAAAUUUAAGAAUUUAGGGCAACUUUUCUAUACUAUGCCUCUAUGUUAGACAGUCUACACAGAUUUUUAGCUUUCAAGGUGAAUGAUAAAUUGUCCUUGUUUCAACACUAUGUUGGGUUGAGACACUUAUUUGUAAUACUUUAAUUUUUAAAAAAUGGUUUUUAGAAACAAGAGUUUAAAAACCAGUUAUAAGUUGAUAGCUUAAACUCUUAGGAAUUAAAAUAUCUGCCAGAUUAUCAGAUGGUAUGCAAUGUAAAAUUGCUAAUAGUGCUAAUAAAGUCAAGAUGAGUCAAUAGACUGGUACAAUUAUUCAUGUCAAAGUAGUCUUUCCCGAUACUGGGAGACGUAAAUUUUAAUAUUUUCUGCAUUGUUUGGGCCUAGUGGGUAUAUUAUAUUGGCACUGAGACAAUUCAUAGGAAAUGCUAUACAUAGAACAUUAUCAUCUUUCAAUCUCUCUGCCCAUGUAGGCACAUUCUUUCCAAACUUGACCACACAAUCACAAACUUUUGGUAACUUCAAUCUAUUCAGUAUUUUUUAAUUUAUCUAUUAGUAUUAUCAUUCCCUUGAGAAAUACACACAGCAGCAAACAAUUUAGGGUAGAGUUAUCACAAAGCAGAGAAAGAUAUGAAAAAAACUGGCAGUAUAGUACAGAAAUCUAGGUUCAGUGUUUUCUCAGUUUUGAGAAAAUGUGUUAGUAAUGUUUACAGAUUGACAUAUUCACAUGUCUACUAUUAAGUUUAAUAUAGAUUUUUACCAAACUAUAGAAUUAAGUAUAGCUUACGGUAUAAGUCCUUUUUAAGAAUGUGUGUUUGGUAUUAGACCUAAUAAGGAAAUCUUAUUUUCAAAGAGAAAGAUAACUGGACAAUCCAUCCCCAACAACAGAAUUGAUAAUUAAUUUGUACUUUCAAUUUUAAUCUUAUCAGGAAGUUCUUUAUGUCAUAAUUGGAUACACAGUUGACCAAGGAAAAUGUUACUAACCAAAUAUAAUCUUUUAAAGUUUGUAAUGGAUUGAAGCUCCUUUAACACAGCUAAUUGCUAUCUGCCUUGGAGGAAAUAAAUAUUAAAAAGAUUUAUUUGGUCUCAAAACCCAGUAUACAAAAGCUACAAAAUCCCAUUUGAGGCUUUCUGUCAGUAAAAUGUCAAUUUUAUACUUUCAGCAAAAUUACCAGUUAAAUGUGAAGUCUAAUUAUUCCUUAUAGCACAUUUCCAUGUCUCCUUAAAUUAAGGCAUCUUAAUACUUUUAGUACUCAUCAGUAUUGAAUAGGGGAAAUUUGCUAAGAUAUGAUAUUGCAAAUUUUUUAAAUCAAGUGGAAAGUAAUAGAAAUUAUCUAUUAUGAGGGCAAUGGCAAUUAUCUCUAAGUUUAAUAUUAGUUAAACUGGUAUGGUUUGUUUACAUAAUUUAUGUAUAUGGCUAUUCUGAGUACUUUUUUUCUUUUCAGAAAAAUAUGACAUAGAUAAGAAAAGCUAAAAACUCAUUUUUAAAAAAUGUAUAGAACAGUUAAAGAUUAAUAAAUUUAUUUAAACUAUUAAAUAAUGAUUUGAUGGGGGUGGGAAAUGAAAUACAAUUGUAUAUUAAUUAAUGUUCCAAACAGGUUCUGUGUAUUAAUUUAAAUAUCAGGUAACAGUUAAAAAUGAUUGUAUUAUGCUAUCUUGGAAAGAGAAACUUAGCUUUCUAACACUCACUGAUCAUAGUUUAGUUGUUUUUGCUGUUGUUGUUGUUCUAAUUUAGUCUAAACUGAAGUGUGCUCUAUACUCCAGAUGGUAUUUUAAAAUAUUUGUAAUUAAUUUCUAACAUACUUCUACAUCAGCUGUUCUGAUUCUUACUCUAAAAAUUAUGCUAGCAUUGCAUUUAACUGGUUAAAUGAAAUGGUUUUUGUGAGAUAAUGAUUAUGUUCCUACUAUUUUUGUUACAUUUGGCUCUCUGGAGAUCGAAUUUCUGAAGGAUUUCUACCACUUUGAUUUUAUGUAUGUCACUGUAGACAGAUAAACAGCUAUCAUCCCACUUUUGUAUGUUUGAUCCAUAAAAGGACAUGGAAUGUAUAGGUAAGCUUUGUUUAUACUAGUAUAAACUUGAGCUUGGUUCCCAAGUUUUCAGGGUGGUGCUGGUAAAAAUGUAAAUGGA